UCUAUUACAAUUUGACAGGCUCGAACCUUACCGGAAUGCACGAGCUGCAGAAAGUGAACAAACCGACACAGAAAGAUGCAGGCAGACGAAAUGGAGAGCUCCAUGGAGUCUCCCAACCUAGAGUUUGAGUAUGGGGAUAUAGACAGCCUGACUGCUGAACUCUCAGAGAUAUACAGUUACACAGAGGAGCCUGAGUUCGCCCUCAACAGGGACUACUUUGAGGAGGAUUUCAGGAGCCAUGUGCGGGGGACGAGGUGGAUUGAGCUGGGUCAGGAGCGGCAGAGGGCCUAUGUGAUGAGACUACUAGAUGCUCUGGAGGUCACUGACCGGGACAAGAGGCUGAAGGUGGCCCGGGCCAUCCUUUACCUGGCACAGGGGGUGUUUGAUGAGUGUGACACAGAUGCGGACGUGAUCCACUGGUCUCGCCACAACGUGUUCCUGCUGUAUGACAUGGGCAUCUUCACCGCUCUCCUGGAGCUGCUGAGCAUGGAGAUAGAUAACAACCAAGCCUGCAGCAGUGCAGUGAGGAAACCUGCCAUCUCUCUGGCAGACAGCACAGAACUCAGGGUCUUGCUAAGCAUCAUGUACCUGAUGGUGGAGACCAUCCGUCUGCAGACAGAGGACGACAGGCCAGAGUGGAGAACUGCCAGAGAGGCCUUCAAGACUGAACUGGGUUCUCCUCUGUAUAACGGAGAGCCAUUUGCCCUGCUGCUCUUCACCAUGGUGACCAAGUUCUGCAGUAUGAACGCUCCACACUUUCCCAUGAAGAAGGUCCUGCUGCUACUCUGGAAGACCAUCCUGUUCACAAUGGGGGGCUUCGAGGAGCUCCAGGAGAUGAAGGUUCGAGGCAGAGAGAGGCUGAGCCUGCCCCCCCUACCUGAGGACAGCAUCAAGGUGGUCCGGAGCAUGAGAGCAGCCUCUCCUCCAGCCUCGGCCAUGGAGCUCAUAGAACAGCAACAGCAGGCCAAGAGAGGACGCCGCAGCCGCAGGAGUGCCUUUGUUGAUAGCUUGGAAGGAGACAGUCCCUUUCCCAAGAAGCAGCCCCUGGUAAAGCAGGACAGCCUAGACACGUACAACGAGCGCGACCCCUUUAAGAACGACGAUGCACGCGACGAGGAGGAGGAUGGAGAGGAAGCCGACAGCAGCAUCGAGGGCGAGGUGGACCCCCUGGACCGUGAUGUCAUCAUCCAGCCACCACCCCCACCGCCCCCGCUCAGACCCCCCACUGAGAGGGCGUCCCUCCCCAAGGGUCUGCCAUGGGCACCCAAAGUCAGAGAGAAAGACAUCGAGCACUUCCUGGAGACCAGCAGGAACAAGUUCAUCGGCUUCACUCUGGGAAAUGACACAGAGACACUGGUCGGUCUUCCUAGACCCAUACACGAGAGUGUGAAGACCCUUAAACAGCACAAAUAUGUCUCCAUAGCCGAGAUGCAGAUCAAGAGGGAAGAGGAGCUUCAACAGUGCCCCAUGACCCUGGGAGAAGAGGAUGUGGACGAGACCCCAAUAGAGAUCCUGUAUCUGGGAAUGCUUCCUAACCUGUCUCAGUAUGUGAUUGCCCUUUUGAAGCUGCUGCUGGCUGCAGCACCUACGUCUAAGGCCAAGACGGACUCCAUCAAUAUACUGGCUGAUGUGCUGCCAGAGGAGAUGCCAAUCACGGUCCUCCAGAGCAUGAAGCUGGGUAUUGACGUGAACAGACAUAAGGAGAUCAUCGUCAAGGCCAUCUCUGCACUUCUGCUGCUGCUGCUCAAGCACCUCAAACUCAAUCACAUCUACCAAUUUGAGAUUGUCUCUCAACACCUGGUGUUCGCUAACUGCAUCCCGCUCAUCCUCAAGUUCUUCAACCAGAACAUCAUGUCUUACAUCAGUGCCAAAAACAGUAUAUGUGUGCUGGACUUCCCUCACUGUGUGGUCCACGAGAUGCCAGAACUCACGGCUGAGAGCUUGGAAGCUGGAGACAGUAAUCAGUUCUGCUGGCGGAAUCUCUUCUCCUGCAUCAACCUGCUGAGGAUCCUCAACAAGCUGACCAAGUGGAAACACUCCAGGACCAUGAUGUUGGUGGUGUUCAAGUCAGCUCCCAUCCUGAAGAGGGCGCUGAAGGUCAAACAGGCCAUGAUGCAGCUAUAUGUCCUCAAGCUGCUCAAGAUCCAGACCAAGUACCUGGGCCGCCAGUGGAGGAAGAGCAACAUGAAGACCAUGUCAGCCAUCUACCAGAAAGUACGACACAGGCUCAAUGACGAUUGGGCCUAUGGCAAUGAUAUCGACGCGAGGCCGUGGGACUUCCAGGCAGAGGAGUGCGCCCUGAGGGAGAGCAUCGAGAAGUUCAACAGCCGCCGCUAUGAGAAGAACCAGAACGGAGAGUUCGCCCCGGUGGACAACUGCCUGCAAAGCGUUCUGGGCCAGCGUGUUGAACUGCCGGAGGACUUCCACUACAGCUAUGAAAUGUGGCUGGAGAGAGAAGUGUUUUCACAGCCUAUCCAAUGGGAGGGCCUACUACAACAGGCCCAGUGAGGGGGGAGGACACACAUACCAGGGACACAAGCCUACGACUACUGUGAUCUUCAUGUAAAUUUGGUUAUCUUCUGUGCUUUGUGGAAUAAUUCAUUUUACAUCCACGGCAUGUCCUUUUUUUUUAUGAAGAUGUACAUUUAAGUACCAGCACGAUAUUUAGUUUAUGUUAUGCUUUACAGGUGUAUUUAUUUCUGAUCACAGCCAUUAUGUUUUAGUGUGUAAAUCUCUUAGCUGCAGAUUAUAUUGUGGUUGAUAUAUAUUUCUAGAAAAAUUGCCUUUUUGGAAAGAAACUACUGUAUAUUAACAGACUAACAAUUAAGUACCUUACUGUGAUUGUUUUAAAUUAAAAUGGUAAAAAAAUGUACAAAAAUAGCUUCUUAGC